AUGUCCGGCGCCAUGUCCAAGCGCCAGCAGGUGCGCAACGAAAAGGUCCUUCAGGAACUGGUGCAGAAGGUGCCCGGGAACAAUACUGCCAUGCGCGCAGCCCAGAACAUGCGCAAGGUCGGAAACGUAACCUCGAACCAGAUCUACAACGCCGAGAAUCGGAAGCCUCCCGUGCCGAUCGAUGUGGAGGAAGCCGACUCAGCCAUGGAGCGAUUUAUCCGCCAAAAGUACAUGAAUAAUGUUGCGCCGAGCAGCAAGAGGCCGACGAGCAGCGCGAAGCCGCCGGGAAGCCCCGUCUCCGACGAGGGCGUACCGCCGCCGCUUCCGCCCAAGAACUCGGCGUCGAAGUUCGGCCUCCGGUCGGCCUCGUCCCUCUUCCCCCGUCCCAAGAAGGAUUCCAAGCUCUCGCUCUCGCCCUCCCCUGGUGCUGAUGCGAACCGGCCUGCGUCCCAAGGCUCGAACGGCAAAGUCUCCAGGAUGUUCGGUGCCAGCGUCAACUACGACCAUGGCGACGACCUGGACAGGAAGCUCGCCAAGCUGCGCGACAUGGGCUUCUACGACACGCAGCGAAACGCCAUCGUCCUCAAGGGGGUCAGUGGAAACCUGGAGAAGGCGAUCCAGGCCCUGGUCCGCCUGGGCGAAGGAGACAGGAACUCCUACGCCCCCCCGCCGCCUCCGCACGACGACGUCCCACCCCCGGCUCGGUCGUCGACACCUCUCAGCUCCAAGACCGAAGGCGGGCAGACAUUGGGGCUGAGCGUACGGGCUCAGCCCACGCAGGAUCGCCUGCCGUCGCCUGCGGGCUCCUCGAUGAACCCGUUCGAGGCCCUGUCGAUGCCGCCGGCGAUGCCCCAGACGGCGCAGUCCACUGGUAGCCAGGGCAGUAACAACCCGUACAGCCAGUCCCUGAACCCCUUCGGCGUACCGACCCAACCGACGGAUCAGUUCAGCCAGGCCUUCCAGAACCUGGGCAUAUCGGCACAGUCCAGCAACGCCCAGCAGCAGCCGCUGUUCCCCAACAGGACGGGCGGGCUCACACCGCUGUCGACGGUGCCGCCGCCCUCGCUGCAGCAGGUGGCCCCCUCGGCUCCUGUCAGCCCCCAGGCCACGCAACACCAGCAGCCGCACGCAGCCACGGCGCAGGGCACGAACAACCCCUUCAUGAACGGCGGGGGCGCGGCGGCGGCAGCAGCAGCAGCGUCCACGACGGACGACGCAUUCACUCCGCGGAAGGCUAGCCGGGAGAGUGUCAACCUGGGCAUGGACCUGGCAUGGACGAAUGGGCGUCACAGCCCAGACGCCUUCGCCAGCCUGAGUGCCAAGCACGGAUAG